AUGAGAUGACAUGAGACAUGAGGGGUUAAUCUCAACCGAAACGCCCUUUAUUGGAAAGAAAAAACUAAAAAAGGCCUCUGGACGGUUAUGAAGGCCUGUGUUAUCGCGGCACCUUUCAAUCAGAAAUGAGAGGGAAAGAUAACCAAAGAACCAUUCCAUAAACCUAAUCGAUCUUUCUCCGGGCGUGUUUCAGAUUCAGAGGUUUUUUAUUGCUGGGUUUUGACCAAAUUUCUUGUUGGAGCAUCGAUUCUUCAUUGAUUCAUCCAUACAAGAUUCAUGUAGGAUAAUUAUUCUCGAAAUCAAUGUUUGGGUUUGGGAGAAAGCCCCCGGCGCCAGGGGGGUCCACGAAUGCAGGUUCCGAAGAGAAAAAUGGCGGUGCUGGGAUAACGGCAGGGAGGAGGACGUCUUCUGAACCGGCACUAGAUAGCAUGUCCGUGCAAGAGCUGGAGAACUACGCCGUGAACCGGGCAGAAGAGACCACUAACACCGUCAACAAUUGCCUGAAGAUUGCGGAGGACAUCCGGCAGGACGGGUCUAGGACGCUGGAGAUGCUGCAUCAGCAAGGGGAGCAGAUCCAUAGGACCCAUGAGAUGGCUGCCGAGAUGGACCGCGAUUUGAGCAAGGGGGAGAAGUUGUUGAAUAGUCUUGGGGGCAUGUUCUCUAAGCCAUGGAAGCCAAAGAAGACUAAGGAGAUCUCUGGGCCUUUGACUUCCAGAGAUGACAAUAACUACAAAGCAAAGCAGAGUAGGAAAGAGCAAAGGGAGAAGUUGGGGUUAAAUGGGAAUAAGGGGAAAUCAGCUCCCGCAACUCCUCUGUGCGAACCGACGAACGCAUUGCAGAAAGUAGAGAUGGAGAAGGCAAAGCAAGACGACGCGCUCUCCGACCUCAGCAACAUAUUGGGUGAACUCAAGGGAAUGGCCACUGAGAUGGGCAGUGAACUUGACAGGCAAAACAAAGCUUUGGACCAUCUCGACGUGGACGUGGACGAACUGAACUCGCGGGUAAAGGGCGCCAAUCAACGCGCCCGUCAUCUGCUUGGGAAGUGAAGGGCACACGACACGAUUUUGGCUCAUCUUAUGUGUUUUUCAUCUUCUUGAAUUUCCAAAUUUUGCUUCUUGUAGAUUUGAUGUUGAUUUUUUUUUUUGUAAAAAAAUGUUGUUUAUUUUUAUUGUGAAUAUGUGUAAUAAAUGGUGUUCAAAGAUUGGGUGCAUUUGGUUAAUGAAGCUUUGAAAUUAAG